AUGCAUGGAGCUUGUGCUGCUGCUGCAGAUCGGCAGGAAGGGGACACUCUGGGACUCCCUGGAGCCCGAGGCCAGAAAGGCUGGAUUCCUGGAACUCUGAGCACCCUGAAGAUAUUGACAAGCAACAUUUCUGGUAUAUACUACUGCAUAGCUAUGAACAAGGUUGGCAUUGAUGAGAGAAGCAUACAUUUCUAUGUCUCAGAUGUGACUGGCUUCAUGGAGGCAGAACCCCUGGUCUCAACAAUUGAGGGCUAUGAUGCUCGGCUCAGAUGCAAGGCGGCUAAAUAUAUCUACACUCAGCUCGCUUGGUUCAACCCCUUUGGAGAGAAGAUUCCUGUUAUAUACACAGAAAGCUUAAAAAAUAACUACUCCAUCUCUUUGACACUGGUGAUUAAGAAUGUGACCCAGAAGGAUAAAGGGCAGUAUAAGUGCAAGGCUUGGACUCAGAGGAACAUCACCAAGAUAACGCAACAUAAUACUCAGCUCUUAAUUAGAGAAAAAGUUGCUCCAUUCGUUAUUGAGAAUCUUACGAAUAUUGAGGUUAACAGCAGUGGAAAGAUUUUGCUGGAUUGCAAAGUGAGUGGAACACCACAGCCUAACAUCCACUGGUUGAAAAAUGGGGUUCCUAUUGUUCCUGCUUCAGGAAUCUUCUUUAAGAACAACAGCCUUAUUAUUGAGCGAGCCAAAAAAGAAGAUGAGGGCUUCUAUCUGUGCAAAGCAACCAAUGAGUUGGGGGAAGUCAGCACAGCAGCUCUUAUCACUGUGGAAGGCUCUGAAGACAAAUCCAAUAUUGAAGUCAUUAUCCUUGUUUGUACUGGCCUUGCAGCUACUCUUUUCUGGCUUCUUCUCACCCUGGUUAUUCGAAAACUCCGAAAGCCUAGUGUGUCAGAAAUAAAAACUGGUUACCUUUCCAUCAUCAUGGAUCCUGAAGAGAUGCCCCUUGACCAACAGUGUGACAGGCUUCCUUACGAUGACACUAAAUGGGAAUUCCCUAGGGACCGGUUACAAUUAGGCAAAAUUCUUGGUCAUGGUGCCUAUGGUAAAGUGGUAGAGGCUUGUGCAUUUGGCAUUGACAGAGCUUCAACUUGCAAAACAGUGGCAGUGAAAAUGCUGAAAGAUUGUGCAACUUCCAGUGAGUUUAAGGCUUUGAUGUCAGAAUUGAAGAUCCUUAUUCACAUUGGUCACCACCUCAAUGUGGUUAACUUGCUGGGUGCCUGCACCAAACCUGGAGGUCCUUUGAUGGUCAUUGUAGAAUUCUGCAAAUAUGGAAAUCUGGCCAACUUUCUGAGAGGGAAGAGAGGAGAUUUUAUUGCUUCCAAGGUUCUUCUCAAUCUGGAUAAAAAGGGGAAGAUUUCUCAUGAUUCUGACUGCAAGCCCACCCAGCUGAUUAACCACCGUCUGGAGAGUGUGACUAGCACAGGAAGUUCCACCAGCUCUGGUUUCAUUGAGGACAAGAGCUAUAGUGAAUCUGACGAGGAGGAAGAAAGUAGCCGCCACCUUCUGGGGGCCACAAUAACCCACCGAAUAGAUUCAAAUAAUCUCUACAAGCACCCCCUCACCUUGGAGGACCUGAUCUGCUAUAGCUUCCAAGUGGCCAAGGGCAUGGAGUUCCUUGCUUCCAGAAAAUGCAUUCAUCGGGACUUGGCUGCUCGGAACAUCCUUCUGGCUGAUAAUAACAUUGUGAAGAUCUGUGACUUUGGUUUGGCCAGAGACAUCUACAAAGACCCCGACUAUGUCUGGAAAGGAGAUGCAAGACUCCCCCUUAAGUGGAUGGCACCUGAAGCCAUUUUUGACAAGGUUUAUACUACUCAGAGUGAUGUGUGGUCAUUUGGUGUCUUGCUGUGGGAAAUAUUCUCUCUGGGUGCCUCACCAUACCCAGGAGUGCAAAUAGAUGAAGAAUUCUGUCGUCAGCUUAAAGAGGGGACACGAAUGAAAUCUCCUGAAUAUUCCACUCCUGAAAUCUACCAGACUAUGCUUGACUGCUGGCAUAGUGUGUGCACCCUGAGACCCAACUUCUCUGACCUGGUCGGGCGUCUUGGAGAUCUCCUUCAGGCCAGUGUUCAACAGGAUGGCAAAGACUACAUACCCCUCAAUGGCACUGGUGGAGCACCCACAUUCAUGGCCCUGGAUCCUGUACAAGAGACCAUAAGUAAUAAUAUCAUAAUGGAAGCCAGCAUUGAAUCCCAGAAGAACCCACUGAUUGGAUCAUUUGAUGAGAUAAGGGUGGCCAAGAAAAAUGAGGAAGCUGUAUUUAAGGACUUUGAAGGAGAUUAUGCAACUGUGCUGAAUUGGGAUGAGAUCAAGACCCAGAAGCACCUGGAAAAUCACUUCUGGCCACAUGGGAUGAUGACCAUAGACCUGAAUACUGUCAUCAAGAACCAGGAGUCCCUUCAGAGUGAGACUGAGAUGGAGCUUAUGGAAUACCAUUCAGCCUUUGAGCUUGAAGAGGAAGACCAGAUUAAAGAUACUUCCCUUCUGCCACUGGAUUCUACCCUGGAAUGCCACAGUCCACCACCCGACUAUAAUUCCGUGGUCCACUACAGCACUGUACCCAUUUAACCUACUACCAGUGCCCUUUGCCACCCCUUUCAAACUACUCCUUUUUUGCCUCAGAAAUCACUAAUUCUUUUCACUUUAUAUCAUGGUAACAGAAUUACUAACUUGGGACUGGAGAAUGAAAAAAGAGCACCUUGGCAGAUAAUCUUGAUUCUUCACAAUUUUGGGGGACACAGCUGGCCAAAACAAGGUCCCCAGGCCUGAUAGAGAGAAAACAUGAUGUUCAGUGCCAUUUAUCUUCCUAUUAAACACCAAUGACUCUACUUGGGUGUGUAAAGCCCUACAAUAGCACCUUCAGUAGUUCCAUAUGCACACCCCCUUCAACUUAGCCCAUUAUACUUUCAUGAGGGCCACUAGUCCAGUGAUGGCGAACCUAUGACAUGCGUGUCAGAGGUGACACGCAAACUCAUUU